UGACAUACCCGCGAAUCUGAGAAUCGCUGAUCUGUCAUUGCCCGAACCCUAACCUAAUCCUAGUUGAAAUGGCAACGGAACAACCAAUAGUCGCGACGGAGCCGGCCGCCAAAGGAGCCGCAAAGGCGACUAAAGUUAAGAAAGUUAAGAAGCCAUCUGCUCCCAAGACGAAGGAUGCUCCUUUGCAUCCUCAAUACUCCGAGAUGAUUAAGGACGCCAUCGUUUCGUUGAAGGAGAGGAACGGUUCGAGUGUGCAAGCAAUCUCGAAAUUUAUUGAAGAGAAAUACAAGAAUCUUCCGGCGAAUUACAAGAAAUUGUUGCUCAAUAGAUUGAAUAAGGAGGCCGACGCCGGUAAACUUGUGAAGGUCAAGUUAUCGUUCAAAUUACCACCCAAGAAUACACCUGCAACGGCUGAUGCAUCUGCUCCGGCGAAGAAGCCGAAGACAGCUGUGAAGAAGCCUGCUGUUAAGAAAACGCCGGCUAAGGAAAAUAUUGCCGCUGCCGCUCCGAAAGCCAAAGCUCCAGCUAAACCUAAAGCCAAAGCCAAAGCUCCGGCUGCCAAGCCAAAGGCAGCUCCGGUUCAAAAGGCUAAGCCAGCUGCUAAGCCUAAAGCAGCUCCGGCUCCCCAGGCUAAACCUGCUGCUAAAUCUAAUGCAGCCGCAAAGCCGAAGACUCCAACGAAACCAGCAGCUAAAUCCGUGAAGACAUCGACUAGAUCCACGCCGGGAAGAGCCGCUGAGGUCCCAAAGCCUGCAGCGAAACCUGCCGUGAAAAAAACGCCAGCUAAGAAGCCAGCUGCUCCGAAAAAGGCAGCGACAAAGAAAGGGAAGAAAUGAACGUGAGUGUUGAACUAUAGGGACUGUUAGUGAAUUUAUGUUUGUUUUUAGGGUUUGUUUUGUAAAUUUUUCAAUUGGUAAACCAUGGGUCUGUCGUGAUUCUUAGCUCCAAACCCCAUGAAAAGAUUUACAAAUUUUCAGUCUCGA